AUGCUUGAAUGUAUCUGUUUUAUUUCAAUGGACUAAAAGUGCAAGGGAGAUGUAUGAGAAAUGUUUCGCAGGGUAAGUUUGAUUUUGCCCUAUCCCCUUGACACAGCGUGAAAACGAGCAUUUCUGCGCAACAGAUUUCUGCGAGCUUUACAAAAAUUGACAGUACUCAUUCAAGUGUAACAUUCUGUCAUAACUUUUACUUUCAUUGGAUAGAUGAGACCCAAACCCAAGAUUAUAAGUGAAAAAAAUACCCACAUGUUGUAUAUUUUUUAAUUCCCAGGGCUUUUUCAAAGUGUAACCUUUUUUUGAUACGCACUGUAUAGACCAAAGAAUCUCAACUUAAUUCUACCUCCUAUUUGUAUCAAAAGAAUAGACUGUACUAAAUUAAUCAAAUAUAUUUCAUCAAUUGAAAAUUUGUCUUUCAGAGUGAAUUAACUUACAUAUCAUACAAAAGGGCAACCCCAACCCAAACAAUUAAUACAGAAAAAAAUGCACAACCCCACCCCCUUCCUCUUAUGGGUAUUAACUCUGCUACCAUUCAUAAAUUGUUCAGAUAUGUCAAAUGAUAUUCCAUUUCUUUAAAAUCAUUUCCUUUCAGGUAGUGAUGGCAGGAGGUGUUAGUGAUGCCAUAUUGCUGUACCUUUCCAAAAACAUUGAUGCAGCAGUUUAUCCAAUCAAUGAGUUUUCUAUAGAUCUGGGCUUUGAUACUGCCGUUGCCACAGCUGCAGAGCAGAUGUCAAUACAGUCUCAGGAUCCAACAAGGAAAUAUAAGAUUAUUUUAGAUAGGUUUGUCUUGGAGAAUGGUCGAAAUGCUCAGAACCUCAUAGAUGUAUUUGAAGAUAAGAAGAAGCUCCUUGUUGAUAUUCUCAAAGAAGCCAUCGAAAAAGAAAGAGCACAGAAACAAAAUCAGUUUAAACGUAUUCAAGCACCUAGAGCUGUUGAAGAUCCAGGACGUACAGGGACCAAGAAUCGCCCACGACAUGUCACUCUACAGGCCCCCCAACAACGUCCCAUAUCAUCGAGUCGAGAUCAGUCAAAUCCAUCUCCUUCAAACCAGAUUUCUCAAAACAGAUUAGAAGGUAACCCAAAGUCCACAGAAAACAUGGCAGAUUUUGAUGAUAUCUUGAAGGUUGUUGCCAGAAGAGUCCGGCAAAACUCAGAAAUCGACGCAUUAGGAAAACAGCUUGGGUUUACUCCUGAAGACAUUCAAGGAUACAUAGCAUCGAAUCACAAAACACAAAAUAUUACGUGGGAUGGAACUCUUCAAAUGCUCCGGGAUUGGCUCAAAGAUCAAAGUAUUGCCACCGAGAGAAAAGGUUUGGAGAAUGCUCUGGAGAAAUCAGGUCAAAAACGUCUUGCUGAAGAAAUCUUUACCUCAAAAAAUGUGCAGAAACCAAGUAACCCUGAACAUUAUCAAGAACCCAGAGAAGCUGAGAGGAGGGGACAUACAGAAACUGAAGACUGCUCACCAGAUGACAGUCUGCUGGUAUCCCAACAACGUACCGAGGCAUCGCACCAGAAUAAUCCACCACCCCAACCGGUUCCAUCUCCUUUAAACCAGAUUUUACAGAAUAGGAAACUAAUUGUAGCAGUUGUCAGUAUCAUUGUGGUUUUCUUGGCUUACAUGUAUAAGAAUUCAUUUUAUGCUGAAAUAUGUGCAUCAUCACCCUGUGCAAAUGGUGGCACCUGUGAGGAGCAUGAUGGGGGAUAUAUGUGUUCAUGCAGAACUGGAUACGGAGGUGAUACUUGUGAAAUAGAAUACAUAGCAGAAGACUUCAGCCUUGAAGACUGUCAGGAAACCUUGCAAAGACACUACGAGGAGCAUCUCUUUAAAAUUCAAAUUAAGCCGUGGGACCCGUAUGAUUACGUAAACCUCGAGAAUUACUACACAACAGUCAGCCUCUACAAGGAAGACAAGAAUAACAUCCCAGACAAACCAAUGCAGAAGUCGCUCUUGAAUGGAUCCGUCAACGACAUCUUCCAGACCAAAGUUCGGGGAUCAUUGCCAGAGAGAAUCGUGCUGUUUGGGGAAGCUGGGAGGGGAAAAAGUACGGCUGUAGCGAAAAUGGCUUAUGAUUGGGCUAAUAAAAAGGACGAUUCCCCUUUAAAGAAUGUGAAGUUGCUAUUUGUGAUCAAAAUGAGAGAAAUGAAUAUUAAAACAGGAAUAACUGAAGCCAUUGUUUCAUUGCUUGGGAAUAAAUACAAGAAGUAUCAAAGGCAUCUAGAAGAUUACAUUGAUUCCCAUGAAAAGGAUAUAGUCAUCCUCUUUGAUGGUUAUGAUGAAUUCGCAGGAGAGCUAGACUGCCGCAGUAAUGGUGGUGACGUCAUGGAUAUCUUAUGUAAGAAGAGAUGUAGGCGAUGUCGGGUAUUGGUGACCUCUCGUCCGGUUAGAAUAAAAGACUUCAAUACAAGGCAAGUAUACUACUCCAAGAUGGUAAUAGAAGGAUAUUCUCAACAGCAUGCCACAGAUUUCAUCAAUAAAUUCUUUCUUUCCUAUGAAACAAAAGGUAAAGAACUGAAGAAAUAUUUGGAAGAAGACAUCGUGACCAACGAAAUGAUUGCCACCCCUCUCUUUUGCACCAUGGUGUGUUAUUUGUGGAAUGAAGGCUAUAUUCAUGGGAACUUCACUCGAACCAAACUGUUUGAUGACAUCAUGGAGUUUUUGAGGACACACCUGAAUGCCAAGGAUGAACAGGAUGAAGAGAUUGAACAAGACAUGCUCAGUGACACUGUUGUGUCAUUAGGGGAAGUUGCUUAUACGAAAUUGAGCAACAAAGAUGAUUUAAAUCCAUUACUGUUAAGGGAUGACGAUCUUAGUGAGGUCCAUGAUCACAAAGUUUUCAUCAGCUACUCUCUUGGUUUGCUAACCAAGGACAUGAAGACAGAUCGUCAAAUCAUCAUCUACAUUGAAUUCUUUCAUAAGCUAGCUCAGGAAUAUUCGGCAGGAAGAUACCUUGCAAGCGGCAUCGAUGCGGGAAGAAUCGUCACUGAUGGCUUUCCAGAAGUAGUCUUUGACAUCAAAGAGAUCCUUCAGUUUGCUUCAGGUACAUCGGUUUUCGCUUGUCGGAAGAUUGUGACAUCUCUUAUCGAUGAAGGUCGCCGCUCAGCUUUUGCCAAUAGGAAUUACCUCUACCAUCCCAUCAUCUUAGAUUUCAUCAGCGAAGCAGGGACCUGUGCAGACGAUUCUGGACCUCACUUGAUACCUUUCUUAGAAGAUGGAAAACUUCAGCUGAGACAAGUCACGGCAUCAACCGUUGUUGGAUUUGACAAACUUCCUGGAUCCGUAAAGCAGAAGAUCACAACGAUCGACAUCUCUGGAACAACAAGCUCUCCUGAUUUAUUUGUAAGACUGUGGAACAACAUUCAUACUUGCAUCAACCUGAGAUAUAUGGAGAUGUAUCGGCAUGUUCCACCAACAAUCUCGUCUCGGAUGAAUAAACUAUACCAGAUCAAUAGCUUCACCACGAGUAUACAGCCUCCUGCGGAUGACUAUGUGAAAAUCAUGGAGUUCCUCCCAAACCUCAAUGAACUCAUCAUUUAUUGUGAUGAUUUUGGAGAUCAGUCAGAAUUUGCCCUCACACCUGAAGUAUUUGAGAAGCUGUGGAAUCAGUUGGAAUCCUUGACCCUUCUCAGUCGUCUUUCUCUGCCCAUACCUGCCGGCGUCAGUUUUGACCUGAAGCCACUCGCAUCAAUCCGUGUGUUUGAGACAGACAAUGUGAUUUCUGUUAGCAGCCUUGUACAUGUUUUAACGUUCCUUCCAAAGAUGAGGGAGUUGAUCAUUUCCGAAAAGGAAAUUCCUGAACUGAACUACAACUCCGCUGCAUUCUGUCAUCUUUGGGAUAGCCUUCAUACCUCGCCUGAUCUCACACAGCUUUUUCUUCCUCUCCCGGCCACAGCCUGUAUCCAUUGUGACCUCAAGCCACUCCAGUCGGUCCAAGUCUUUGAAACAAAAUCAACUUCCCUCGACAUUCUAACUGUCUUGUCCAACCUUCCAAAUUUACAGAAGCUAUAUUUACAUUCUGAUAUACCGGGAUAUCCAGAAAUAGACGUUAAAAAGGCACACAAGUUCUUCAUCAACUUGUGGAGUAUCCUCCUUACUUAUCGUGAUCUGCAUCAUUUGAGACUGACCAUUCCUACAUCUGUUCCGACCUUACAUCUUGAUCCCCUCGGCUCUGUGGAGACUUUCCAAACGAAAAUCAAAUCUCAAAUGGAUGUCUUUGCAAUACUUCUAUCCCGUCUACCAAAUAUCAUGGAGCUCGAUAUUUUUGCCACGAAUAAUUACGAUAGGAAGUUCCAAGAGGAUGAGUACUAUGAUAAAGUCGUUUUAGCUAUUGUCGAUGGGAUGGUGAAGAAUUACAUCCAACCAACAGUUCUCAAUGUGACCUUUGACCCUAGAAGUAAGGCAAGCAAUACAGUGUCGCGUACCUCUGUUGAGAAGUUUAUUCAAAUGUUAAGGACCCGUGGCUCAAUGGAAAAGGUUGAAAUCGUCAGCUUUAAUUACUGCGUGUUCAACGAAACUGACUUGGUAAAAAUCAUCGCAGCCAUCAGGGAAGUCGCAUCUAUUACUGUUUUCAGGAUUGAUUGUAACUUACAACCUGAAGGCGUGCUCUCACGCUAUGCCAUACAACAUGAUUACAAGGAAGAAGAUACUGACAAUAGUGAUAAACGUGGGUCGCUGAUGCUUACUCUAUUUUACAGAGAUGAAGAGACAAAUGUUAGGACAGAGAGAAGUUUUAUACUACCUCGACUGCAGUGACAAACUAGCAGCAUUGAACACCCCCAAAAAAGGAGUGUAACUGAAAUGAAAAAGAUACUUGAAAUAGAGCCUCUUCAACAGAGAGAGAAAUUAGAUCGUCUGACAAUCUUCCAGCAGGCAGGGAGGAGUGAGCUUGCUGUGCCGGUUCAAUCUGCUCUGUGCCUGGCCCAAAGGAACCUGUGUAACCCUUCAAGUGCUAAUAGUAUCAUUCCGAUUGCAACAAAGAAAAAAUGUUUGAAGUUUUCCUUUAUGCCUGUUCUGUUGUUGAAUGGAACAACUUACCCAACUUGAUCAAAUCAAUUCUUGACAAAGAAAAAUUCAAAGUAAUAAUAAUAAUAGGCAUUUAUAUAGCGCCAUCUGUCUAGAAAUAUUCUAUUCCGAGGCGCGAUUUUAUUAGUAUUAUUAACCCAGCUUUAGCUCGAGCUGCCUUUCAGCGCUCAUGCAUUCAAGGGAUUAAUCCUGCCGGGUACCCAUUCACCUCACCUGGGUUGGGUGCAGCACAAUGUGGAUGAAUUUCUUGCUGAAGGAAAUUACCCUAUGGCUGGGAUUCGAACCCACGACCACAAGUAGCAAUCCAGAAGUACCUAAUGCCUCUCACCUCCACGUCGCAACCAUCAGCGCACCCUACCCUGUCUGUUUGACGCCUUUUAGUGGAGUUGGGCAGUAUCCUGGAAGUAAGUGAGUAAUAAACCUUGGCCCCGUUGCCUGAAAAUUGGUUUAAAGGUCCUUUGGUAGAUUUACUAUCCCUCAAUUAGGUUGCACUGGCCUAAAACAUUUCCCAUAGACUCGUGUGUUAAAGUGGCACUUAAAAAAAUUCAUAAAAAAAUAAGGAUAAAAUUUGAGGGUCGAUUGUUUACUACCAGUGGAUAGGAAAUAUAUCUGACAUUCCAUAUCUGACCAGAAAAGGGUACCUCGACCGGUUCAGUUUAAAAGUAAAUCGGCAUUUAUGAAGACUACGCUUGACAGGAUCAAAUUCAGCACCUGAGUCAGUAAAAUGGCACUUAUUCUUCCGCCAGUCAAAUUUAGUUCCAAACUUGGUGAUAUAUCUUCCCAAUUUGGGAAAAGGAAGUUCAGUAGUUACCAAAAAUAGAAUCAGUGUUAGAUGGACAAUCAUACUCAUUCGCUUUUGUCAAUCAGCAAUAUCAAACUAAAGAAUUGAAAAUGGGUUGGCUCGAAUGAAUAUCUUUUGCCUGCCAGUUGUAAUUAGGCCCCUUGUGACCGUUACUUCCUUGGAACCCUAAUUUUGAUUGGCUGUUGAGCAGCGUCAGUUACCAAUGUAUGACAAAGUUAUACUUUUAUGCAAUAGGAUCUUGAUGUGUUGUAGUUUGAGAAUUUAUACUAGUAUUCUACUUUGCUCAGAAAGAGUAACAUUUGGCCAUUCAGGGUCCUAUUUCCUAAAGAAUAUUUAUGAUAACAAAUGCACAAUUUCUAUAACAAAUUUACUAUCAUCCAAUCAGAUUGAAGUAUUUCAGUAGCUUUUAACUGUUAUUGCAAUUUUGUUAUUGUAACAAGCUUUAUGAAACGGGCCCCUGGUCAUCUGAAGAGCAUUUCAUCAACUUUUGCAUCUAACAAGUUGUCAAAUCAGGGCCCUGUCUUACAAAGAGUUACUAUUGAUCCAAUCAAUCGUAACUCUAUGGAAAUCCAUCAGUGUCAUAAUUUUUUUUUAGAGAAACAAAUUUGCACAGUGACCUUUGUAUGCAAAGAGAAUCGCAGUGAAUUUUCAAGAAAACAAUGAGUGCAUGAAUAUACAUCAUUGCUUGAAAAAAUUAUGAACAAACAUGCAUUAUAGAUGUUGAUGUUUCUGGCCGUCCAUAGUUGCUAUUGAUCGGAUCAAUCGUAACUCUUUGUAAGAUGGGGCACUGGUUUCACCAUUAAGUGAUAAUGGGAGUGCAGUGACCUUGGACUCAGAUUACCUGGGGAGUCUUACCUGAAAAAAAAAAAUUGUCUGUUAUUUUCCUGUAGAUGAGAGAAGACCCAAUGAAGCACUGGUGGAUCUAGGGCCGGCUGUGCCCCCCCCCCUUUGAGAAGCAAAAUUAAAAUUUGUAAUGUAAAAAUUCUGUUAAAACAGAAGUGUGCCCCCCCCCCCUUUGAAAGUGAAGACCUUUUUUUUUUUUUGCUUGUCAAUAUUUCGGAGACGAAGAACCCUUAAUUUUUGGUUAAAAGGUUAAAAACCAUUUUUUAUUUUGCUUGUCAAAUUUUUCCUCAGAAAAUGUGCCCCCCCCCCUUUUGGAAAAUCCUGGAUCUGCCCCUGCAGCUAGCGUAGGGCACCAUAAAUGAAAAUUUGCGAUCAACUUUCAAACAACCUUUUCAAUUGGUUGAUAGGGAUGUGUUGAACAGUUUGUGCAUAUAAUAAUGCUCAUGAUUGGUCAGUGCUAUUUUGUCACCACUUGCAGUCUUCAUAUUAUGGAUCCGAGGACUCUGACCUGUUUGACCAUAUUAGGAAAAAAAAAAUCAACAUUCCUUUAAGAAAUACUGCUUAUUUUUUAUUAUUUAUACAGUCUUUCAUAAGUUUUGGAACCCUAAGUAAUGAUUAAUGAAUGAGUAUACAUGAAUUGUUCAUUAUGCUCUGUAUCGUGACAGUUUACCUGCUUAGUACUUCCUCUCAGUUUCUUGUUUUGCGGCACAUUCUUUUAUUGAUUAAGUUUUUUUUAUCUGACAUUUGUAUUGAAUUGCUUUGUAGUGUGAUGCUGCAAUUUGUACACUGUAGGGACUAUGAUAACUUGUGUAUUGACCUUCUGAAUUUAUAUGAACAGUACUAAAUACUGAAUGAAAAUAAUUGGCAAAAGAUGUAUUUUUUUAAACAUGUAUAUAUUCCUCGUGCCUAUUUUAAAAUAAAAUAAUUUGUAUUUUAUUGUAAUCAUUACAAUUAAAAAGAAAAUUCUAUCAUUCAUUGAUUUAAAAAUGCAAUAAAGUAAUAAUGUCGAUAGACAAUAAACAUUUCCAUAGUCCAAUAUGAUUGCAGCUGAAUUUUGACUACUAUCAAUGUCUUUGUUUAUGAAUUUAAGUACCUCAUUAUUUCAUUGCAUUCUGACUUUUUAACACUUUUGUGAUGUCUUAAAAAAUGGAAAUACAAUGAACCUGUUAACAAGAAGGCCAAACAAUGUCAGUUUGUUUGGCUGCUUGCGAAUAUUUGUUCAUGAAAAUAUGUGUAUCUUUGUUAUGUGAGAAUAAAGCUUUGCAGUUCAUAAUAACAUCA